AUGGCCUGCGCUGCGGGGAGAAGGGCGCCGGGGCCUGGGUCCCAGGUCCCAGUCUGCCCGCCCGUCCCAGCCCCCUCAGGCCGCUGCGAUGGCACCGCCGAUACCGCUACCGAUAGCCCUCGCCCUCCCUCCCGCCCGGCGCUCACGCAUCGCCUCCAGCCGCCGCACUUCCGCUCCGCAGCGGCUGCGCCGGACGUGAGGUCAGAGCCGCGCGCGGGGGGCGGGGCGAGCGCCCGGGCAGCCCUGGGGGAGCACGCUGUGACGCGUGCGGACGGUGACGUCGCGGCAGCGGGGGAUGAGUCACGGUGCCAUGAUGCAGUCCCCGGGCAUGCAGGCCCCCCCUUGCGCCCGCCCGGUGCCCCCGCCCCGGGGACAGCGACAGCGGCGGCAGCGGGGACAGCGGGCACAGCGGCAGGCGGCCGCCCCCCUCUCCCGCCUCCUGCUCGCCGGGGGAGGCCCGGGGUGUGCCCCGGCCCCGGCGCGGGCGGGACGGCGACUUUCGGCGCGCUGCUGCGCUGCUUCCCGUGCCAGCGGUUCUGCGGGGGGGGGCCGGUGCCCCCCGGGGCACUGCCUGCCGCCGGGCCCCCCCCCCGCCGCCACCUGCCCCCCCGUACCUUCCGCAGCUACCUGCCCCGCUCGCACCGCACCUACAGCUGCGUCCACUGCCGGGCACAUCUGGCGCGACACGAGGAGCUCAUCUCCAAGUCCUUUCAGGGCAGCCACGGCCGUGCCUACCUGUUCAAUUCCGUGGUGAACGUGGGCUGCGGCCCCGCGGAGCAGCGGCUGCUGCUGACAGGGCUGCACUCCGUGGCUGACAUCUUCUGCCAGAGCUGCAACACCACACUGGGCUGGAAAUACGAGCAAGCCUUCGAGAGCAGCCAGAAGUACAAGGAGGGGAAGUUCAUCAUCGAGAUGUCUCACAUGGUGAAGGAGAACGGCUGGGACUGACGGGCACGGCGGGC